AUGCCUCCUCCUCCACCACCACCACCACCGCCUCCACCUCCGAUUUGUUUCCCUGGUUAUAGCAAGAAAAAGGGCCGAAGACUCUCUUUUUCAAGUGCAGCGCCAGGCGCCAACCCCAACAACUCAUCCUACGCCGGAUCCCAAUUCUCUGGAGUUGUAGGAAUCCCCGCGGUCCCAGAGAAGCUCGCUCGUCAUCACUCAUAUUCCACUUCCUCCUCUCAAUCGUCCAUGGCAUACCACGUUGCCAACGGUCGUGGUCAUAGUCAUGGUCCUCCUUCUUCUGUAUUCCCUCCUCGAGCACCAUCUGGCCUUUCUUUCCAUACAGACUCGGAGAAGUAUGAAGAAAUCCCUCGAGAUAUGGUUAUGGAUUUUGGAAACGGAGCCGGCGGUAUUAUGAAGAAAAAUGGCAAACCCAAAUUAAUUAGAGCAAACACGAUGGCUGGGAGUAAGAAGAAACCUCCUCCAUCGGUGACGACUACCGCAGAAGGAGGGGAUCAUGUUCGAAGCCUUAGUGAUGGAGAGACUAAGAAAGAGAAAAAGAAAGGCGGUAUUUUUGCACAGAAAUUUGGUUACGGAUGGGGAACUGGGAAAAAGAACAAAGAGAAGGAAGCGUUGGCUGAGAUUGAAGAGAGGAGUGGGGAGGGAUCGUUCAUUUCUGGAGAAUCGCAAUCGAAUCUUCCCAUGUACCAGUCCCAAGCCUCGAUGCCUCCUCCGCUUACACCUCAUAGGAGCAACACCAAGUCGACUCAGGCAAGCAAGGACUCGCAGGGUACCCUAGUUCGAAGAGACACCCAGCGGACGCAGACCACAAUGCGCAGUCAGACGUCAUGGAACCAGGUGCCCGAUGGAUCCUCCCAAACUCAACCCCAUCUUACAUGGGAAAUGUCCGGCCGUAGCGGACGGUCUAGUCAAUCUGGUGGUAAUGGGUGGCCAUCGGAAGGAGCAGGAGCUGAUUUGAGUCGAUCGGGUACUGGAAAUACGGGUCGCUCUGGCGGGAGCGGUGGUACGAUUGGAAGACCCGACUUACAUCGUUCCGGGACUGGCGCCUCGGGUCGUUCUGCUGACCUGCAUCGUUCUGGGACGGGUGUGUCAGGUCGCUCUCGAGGUGCUGAUCUGAGUCGAUCUACGACGCGAAAAGCGAGGUUCCGCCGUAAUGAUUCAACCUCAACCUUGAUUGGGAGCGAUACGAGCGCGUAUCAGAGGAAGCUCCAUCCUAAUGAGAGUAUCCAUGAAAGGGUGGAAACUAGUGAUCGUAUUGAUCAGGUGAGGGGAUUAAUGGCGCAAGAGAAGGAACCCUUGGAUUAUUAUAUCGUUGCAAGCGAAGACGCUCAUCAAUCGGAAUACGUGGCCAAUAGCGACAAACGACGUCAAUAUAUCUGCGGCUUUUCUGGUUCGAACGGACAUGCUAUUAUAUCCCGUACGGAAGCUUGGCUUGUUACGGAUUCGAGGUACUGGAGUCAGGCCCUCAGACAGAUGGACUCGAACUGGAGAUUGGUCAAAUCGGGAGGUGUGAAUCAACCAAAGGACUGGAUUGACUGGUUAAUAUCUGAAGCACCCCCGAACUCCCGCAUUGGGAUUGAUGGUCGUAUGAUCUCAUACGAGAAAGCGACGCUCUUGAACUCGAAGCUUAACCCUACUGGUUCGAAGCUGGUGUAUCCCAUCCAGAACCUCGUCGACCUCGUGUGGAAGGAUAAACCUUCGAAGAGCCGAGAACCUGUGUUCAUUCAAGGACGAGAGUUCUCGGGUGAAGAUGCUGCCAGCAAAUUGGAUCGCCUGAGGCAGUGGAUCAGUAGUCAACCCCCGGACAUGCCCAAGUAUUCGACGACGGCGGCAACUCAACCGAAGCCGAAUCAGAUUCCGAUUGCCACGCUGAUUUCUAGUCUACCUGCCAUAGCGUAUCUACUCAACCUUCGAGGCAGCGAUAUACCCUACAACCCACUCUUUCAUGCUUAUUUGUUUGUCUCGGUCGAUCCGGCGUCAACGAUGCUGUUCCUUGACUCUAGCAAAAUCGUCCCCGAAGUUGAAGCUUAUUUGCAAAACUUGGGUGUGCAGAGGAAAGACUACGUCGACAUCUGGCCUUUUUUGCGACAUCGGCAAUGGAAUAACGAAGGCAAGAUCAUUAUCUCUCCGCAGACAUCGUACACGAUCUCCCUGGUUUUGACGCACUUCCGCACGAUGGUGUUGCCGUCGCAUGCGGAACAUAUGAUGUCAAUCAAGAAUAGCACCGAGUUGGAGGGGUUGAAGAGGGCUUACCUCAGAGAUGGUGUUGCUUUCACACAAUUCCUCGCCUGGCUUGAAUCUAAACUGGCAGAUGGAUAUGAUAUCACAGAAUGGGAAGCUGCCCAUCGUCUCACAGAGUUCAGAAGAACGCAGAAACAUUUUAUGGGAUUGGCUUAUGAGAAUAUCAGUGCCAGUGGGAAGAAUGCGGCGUUGCCGCAUUACUCUCCAAAGAAAGACGACGCGAAGAUGAUUGAUAGGUCGCAAGUGUACCUGAAUGACUCUGGUGGUCAGUAUCGUGACGGAACGUGUGAUACCACACGGACAGUGCACUUUGGUCGCCCUACUGAGGAGGAGUGUGAAGCGUACACGAGGGUUUUACAGGGACAUAUUGCUAUCGAUACUGCUGUAUUCCCUGAAGGAACGUCUGGUAUGCAGUUAGACGUCUUGGCUCGUAGGGCCCUGUGGAAAGAAGGAAUGAAUUAUAUGCACGGCACCGGCCAUGGCUUCGGUUCUUUCCUGACUGUGCACGAAGGACCGCAAGGGUUCAAUAGCGCUGUCCCUCUCACCGUUGGACACGUAGUCACCAACGAACCUGGUUUCUAUAAAGAGGGCAAGUUCGGGAUCCGAAUCGAGUCUGCUUUGGCUGUGAAGAAGUUCAAAACGAAAGGCCAAUUCAACGGAGAUGUGUGGUUUGGAUUCGAGCGGUUGACAUGUGUGCCAAUUCAGACUAGGAUGGUGAAGGAUAGUAUGCUUACAAAGGAGGAGAAGCAGUGGUUGAAGGAACACAACCAGCGAUGCCUCGACAAACUUUCACCGUGGCUCAAGGAUGACAAACGAGCAAUGAAGUGGUUGAGGCGCGAAGCUGAACGUGGAAUAGGGCUUGCUGGGCCCGCACCUGGUGGACUCACAGUCGAUUGGGAUUGA